AUGCCGAUGUGCCAAUAUGCCUUUAAACAGCAGUGUUUUUCAAAUGCAGAUACUCCGCAUCUCAUUGUUGAUGGACUUUCAUCUGGAGUCAGAAUCCAGUAUAGCAUGGCUAGAAAUCUCUUUAACAACAGCCAGUUAGGUUUCAUAUCCAAGAUAACCAACUCAGUUACUGAUCUUUUAUAUGCUGAUGAUUAUGCCAUGUGCAUCCACCCAAUUGGAGAGCAUCAGGGCACCCCAGACUGCUUCUGUGAGGCACAUGAAUUAUACCAGAACCAAACAGGGAACAAGCUAAAGAGGCAACCCUUUCGUCUGAACUGGGCUUGGAUUUCACUAGAGAAAGAAUACUAUGUUGUAGAUGAGGACUCCAAGUUCCUGGAGGUGACUCUUAAGCGCAGGGGAUACCUGGGAGAGACAUCUUUCAUCGGUAUUGGAACGAAAGAUGGAACAGCAAAAAAGGAUAAAGAUUUCAAAGGGAAACCUCAGAAACAGGUUCAGUUCAAUCCAGGACAGACCAGAGCUACCUGGAGAGUGAGGAUAGUCAUAGAUAAUGAAUAUGAAGCAUCUGAAACUUUCCAGAUUGUCUUGUCUGAUCCUGUUAUGGCUGCCCUGGAGUUUCCAGAAAUAGCAACUAUUGAAAUUGUGGAUCCUGGUGAUGAAUCUACAGUGCAUAUUCCUCUACUAGAUUAUAAAGUAGAAGAAGAUAUUGGUGAGCUGUUCAUUCCUAUUAGAAGAUUGGGAGACAUAAGUCAAGAACUAAUGGUCAUUUGUUCCACACAUCAAGGUUCUGCCACAGGCACCAUUCCAUCUUCUGUCUUGUCCUACUCUGACUAUAUCUCCCGUCCCGAAGAUCACACCAGCAUCAUUCGCUUUGAUAAGGAUGAGAUGGAGAAAACUUGUCGCGUAAUCAUUAUUGAUGAUUCCCUCUAUGAGGAAGACGAGACUUUCAACGUUACGCUAAGCAUGCCAAUGGGUGGAAAAAUUGGUCCCGAAUUUCCUAGCACCAAAGUAAUCAUCCUGGCUGAUGCAGAUGAUGAACCUGCUUUAUACUUCAGUGACACUGAAUACCGGGUAGAUGAAAGUGCUGGCUAUGUGGAGGUUCGUGUCUGGAGAACUGGAACCGAUCUAUCCCGAACUGCCUCUGUCACUGUGCGUUCUAGGAAAACUGAGCCAGCAUCAGCAGAAGCUGGAGUUGAUUAUGUGGGUAUCAGCCGUAACCUGGAUUUUGCUCCUGGAGUUGACAUGCAGACUCUCCGAGUGACCAUCCUGGAUGAUCUGGGACAACCAGUGCUGGAAGGUCCAGAGAAGUUUGAACUAGUUCUCCGUAUGCCUGUGAAUGCAGCGCUUGGGGAGCCUAGCAAGACUACCAUCUUUAUCAAUGACACUGUUACUGACUUGCCCAAAGUCCAGUUCAAGGAACCAGAGUACACAGUAAAUGAAAAGGACAGACAAUUGAUGGUGCCCAUUUAUCGGAGUGGUGAUAUUAAUCAUAAAUCUACAGUCCGUUGUUACACUCGCCAGGGUUCUGCCCAAGUGAUGAUGGAUUACGAGGAGAGGCCAAACACUGAUGACUCUGUAAUCACAUUUCUUCCAGGAGAGAUUGAGAAGCUCUGUGUGGUAAUGCUAGAAGAUGAUGCCAUUUAUGAAGAAGAGGAGGAAUUCAGAUUACUGCUUGGAACACCAAAAAGCAACUCCAUAUUUGGUGCCUCUAUUGGAGAGCAGAAAGAGAUCUUGGUCAGGAUAAAGGAUGAAGAAGACAAACCAGUGAUUAAGUUUUCUGAAAUCAAAUACAGCAUUCAAGAGCCUCAGGAGCCUGGAGAGAUUGUGGUUGUAAAGAUCCCUGUUUUACGUUUGGGAGACAGCUCCAAAAUAUCAGCUGUAAGAAUACACACUAAGGAUGGGUCAGCCACUUCUGGAGAAGACUAUAACCCAAUGUCAGAAGACAUUGAAUUCAAAGAAGGAGAAACUGAACAUUUUGUUGAAGUUGAGGUCCUAUAUGAUGGAGUGAGAGAAAUGAGAGAAGCAUUUACAGUGCACUUGAAACCUGAUGAAAAUAUGAUCGCUGAGAUUCAGGUGAACAAAGCCAUUGUGUACAUUGAAGAAAUGGACAGCAUUGCAGAUGUGACUUUUCCAGCUGUGCCCCAGCUUGUGUCGCUCUUGAUAUAUGAUGACACAUCUAAAAGCAAAGAGAACCCACAGCCUCUAACAGGCUACCCUCUUGUGUGUGUGACGGCAUGUAAUCCCAAGUAUUCAGACUAUGACAAGACUGGCUCUAUCUGUGCUGCUGAAAACAUCAAUGACACCCUGACCCAGUACCGCUGGCUUGUCAGUGCUCCAAGUGGCAGCGACGGUGUCACCAGCCCCAUGCGGGAAGUGGAUUCCAACACGUUCUUUACCAACACCAAAUCCAUCUCCCUGGACUCCAUUUACUUCCAAGCAGGAUCAAGGGUGCAGUGUGCAGCACGUGCUGUGAAUGCCAAUGGUGAUGUGGGCUUGGAAUUGCUCAGUCCAAUUUACACAGUGAACAGAGAAGAUGGUCUUUGUCAGCCUCGCAUCCCAGGAUCUGUUGGAGCAGAACCUUUCUCAGCCAAAAUUCAGUACACGGGUCCAGAAGAUCCUGAUUACCCCAGUCUGAUUAGAUUAACAGUUACGAUGCCGCAUAUGGAUGGAAUGCUGCCUGUUAUUUCAACUCGUCCAUUAUCCAAUUUCGAACUGACUCUCAGCCCUGAUGGCACUCGAGUAGGCAACCAUAAGUGUUCCAACCUGCUGGACUAUGAUGAGAUCCCAACCAAACAUGGCUUCCUGACAGAGAGCACCAAGAACCCUGACGUGAUUGGAGAAACUUCACCGUAUCAGUAUAGCAACCUCCUGCGAUCUGCCAAGACCUUGCGUUUCUACCGCAACCUCAACUUGGAAGCUUGUCUGUGGGAGUUUAACAGCUACUACGACAUGUCAGAGCUGAUGGCUGACUGUGGUGGCUCCAUUGGCACAGAUGGCCAGGUGUUAAAUCUGGUGCAGUCUUAUGUCACACUGCGCGUGCCCCUCUAUGUCUCCUACGUCUUUCACUCUCCUGUGGCGGUUGGUGGCUGGCAGCACUUUGACUUGCAGUCUGAACUACGACUCACCUUUGUGUAUGAUACUGCCAUCCUGUGGAAAGACGGUAUAGGCAGCCCCCCAGAAUCGGCGCUGCAGGGAUCUCUCUACCCAACCAGCAUGAGAAUCAAUGAUGAAGGGCGACUGGUUGUGAAUUUCAAGACAGAAAUUCGUUUCCGAGGACAGCUGGUAAUUUCUCACCCAGGAACUUCAUUGUCCUCAAUGGUGAUGUCUGCUGAUCACCCUGGUCUCACGUUUACACUGAGUCUCCUGCGAAGCGAGCCAACUUUCCACCAGCCUGUUCAGCAGUGGACCUUUAUUUCAGACUUUGCUGUACGAGACUACUCUGGUACUUACACUGUGAAAUUUCUCCCUUGUACUGCUGCACCCAACCAGGAAUAUACCCUUCCCAUCAUCUGUAACCCUCAGGAACCAAUCACCUUCGAGUUAGAUAUUCGGUUCCAACAGGUCAGUGACCCAGUAGCUGCUGAGUUCAGUCUCAAUACUCACAUGUUCUUGCUGUCCAAGAAGGACCUCUGGAUAUCUGAUGGUUCCAUUGGAUUUGGAGAAGGAACUGAUGUGACUUUUACUGAAGGGUCUGAAAUCUAUGGCCGAGUGAUGGUGGAUCCUGUUCAGAAUCUAGGAAACUCUUUCAUCUGUAACAUUGAAAAGGUGUUUCUGUGCACUGGGGCUGACGGGUACGUGCCCAAGUAUAGUCCAGGUAAUAAAGAAUAUGGAUGCCUGGCUGACUCACCUUCUCUCCUGUACAGAUUCAAGAUCCUGGAUAAGGCUCAGCCUGAGACCCAGAUGAAAACCUUUGGAAGCAUGGAGUUUCAAGCUAAAUUGGCAAUUGACCACACAGAUGCUCUUCCUUUAGUAAAGCAGCCUGGUUCUGAUGGUUUCAGUCUCUCAUCUGCUCCUCUUUUCCAGGUGGCAGCAGGCCGAGAAUGGUACAUUCAUACUAUUUACAUGGUUCAGUCAAGAGCGAAUGCAAACAGAGCAAUUGGCAAGAGAAGCCUAGAAUACCACCAUGUGUUGUCCCCUGGUAACAGAGAAAACAGCCUCGUGACCUCGAAGCGUAGUCGGAGAGCUAACCCAAUUGCCCCUGGCCUGUCCCAAGACAUUGGAGCAGAUAAAAACAGGGGCACAAAUAUUCAGCAUAUAGCACUUGACCGUUCCAACAAAAUCAUCAUCAACCAGAAAGAUUUGUUCCCAGCAGGUGGGCAGUAUCAGAGGCCAGUGCUGGAAAUCACCAGUGAAGACUCUAAAAACAAUAUUGUGCCUGUUGCCGGAGGAGCAGCUGGGUUGCUGCUUCUGAUCUCCACCAUGAUCUUUACAGUGUUUUUGUUGAAGCGAGAGAGACAACCGUCUGCUGGAAAAAGAAAGCCAUCCAUUAUCUACUCCAGCAGCAAUGAAACUGUGACCACAGGACACAGCAGCAGUGACAGCUCAGAAGUCUAGGGGCUCUCAGAGUGCAUUAUACAAUUUCAUCACAAACACAGACACUUAGCCCUGGCCAACUCCUUUGCACAGACACAGAACUGGCUGCUUUGGUUUUGCUGUUAGUCUUGUUACUUGCUUCUGAAUAUAGCCAAGAAGGUGUGUGCGCAUGAGGGUGCAUGUGUUAGGUUCAAGUGUGAGCGACUUGCUUAUAGAGGUCAAAACUGUUUUCCAGAAUGAGUUGACACUUGUUUAAACUGCCAUUUUCUUUUUUCAAAACAAAAAAGAAGAGAAAAAAAAAGAAAAAGCUUUUAAGAACCAGAUUGUGCAGUUAAAAAUGUGCCUUAUACCCACAACAGAAGCCUGGUGCUCUUCAAAGGGAUGUUGGUUUUAGUUACUUGUACAGUAUGUAGACGUCAUAGUUUUUGUAAGAUGAGAACUAAGAAAUACUGGAUUUUGACUCCUUUGGAAUGAAGCAGGUUCAUUGGUUAGUAGUUUCUAACAGGAGACAUCAGUGCCCAACAAGCACAGAUCUUCCCCUUUAACAGCCGUAAGACUCAGAUCAGAAUGACUAGGUUCUGAUAUGCUACAAUUAACUACAAUAAUUUUAUUCUGUGUGUACAUAAUGAAUAGGCCAUAGUUUCCAAUCUGGUGUGCGUACCACCAGUGGCAUGCAGACAGCCUGUCAGUGGUACACGUAAACAAGCUUAUUAUAAUUACUUUAUACGACAAAAAUGUGCUGGUGGUACUUAAGGUUGUAUUGUUUUAAAAUGGGUGGUGCGCAAUCUGUCCGAGUUUGAGAACCGCUGGAAUAGGGAUUAGAAGCGUACGCUGACUCCAUUGAAAAACAGUGACUGAAGGCAUGCUGACACAGAUUAGGGUGGCUCUUGAGAGAGUUCUCAAUUGGACUCAGCUCCCCUGUUUCCCAGAGCCAUCCCCAAAUCGUGCCAUGCUCAACAAUCAAGCAGUGAUUCCUCAAGAUUCCUUUGGCAAAGCCCAUCUAAGAACUGCAGAAAAUCCAAAGACAGAAACAGGGACUUGUAGGACCGCUACUGGCCAAGAGCAUGGCAUUCACCAUGCAGGUAAGCUCCAAACACAUUGGGGAAAGGAGAGGUUCAAGAUGCAACUGGGAGUGGGGCUUAUACUCAAGAUAGCAGUGUGUAUAGGCCUGAAGUAGAUAUAUUGGGAACCCUCCCCAGCGUAGGCAAGCCCAUACUUAACAGUGAAAUCCCACAUGACAACUGAUAAAGGUGGGUACUCACCACACACAAAUUGCUUCAUAACAAUUCUCUAUUUCAGGGCAUCCUUUCUUUGUUGUAGUUAAUGGGUCAGUGGAUCACUUGUUUCUUCAAACAACUCCCUGGUGAGGGUCCUGGGGUUGUGCCAUUAUAGGUGGUGUUCACUUUCUGCAAACAAACUUCACUCAACAACAAUAAAGAUUUUAAACCCCUGGGUAGAUACAGGUCACUCAUCUCAUCAAAAUAUGUCGCUUGUGGAAACUACGUGGGAGGCAGUGGCAGGGAAGGACAGAACCCCACCAUUGUUAGAGCCUUGACACAGAGGCAGUUAAGUAAGACAGAAAAGGCCACAACCUAAACUUCACUAUGGCAAUAGAAAAUAAUACUGGUGUCCUCCAGAAAGCAGAAAAGUUCUUUAAUUUGCUUCCCUUGGAGAUCUCCAUUAUGAGCUUGUAUUCUAAUGGUAAAAACAAGAGGCAGCAACCUGUUUCUAGUCACUGCUCAACUAUUC